AUGUUGUUCAAUUACCUUGACCAAUCAGCUACUACCAAGAAGGAAUUGAUUGUUAAUACAACUACGUUAUCAAAGAAAUGCAAGCGAUCAGUAACGACUAAUGGCGCUCUGGUUCACGGUCAAAUGCACUGUUUUGGUCAAACCGUAGGAUACUCGCGCGACAUCCUGAUAUCACCUUACACUCCCACCAAAGGGUCAUCCGAAUCUUUGUACAAGGAAUUUUUGGACAGGCUACCUGCUUUUGGUGCUCGAAUCGGCAGAAGAUUCAAGAGCUUUUGUGAUGAAGGUUUUCUUGUCGCUCGCCAGCAACUUAACCUACUCCAGGCUCCUUCAAUGGCUUCUACGUCAAAGUAUCAACCCUCCGGCCCCCUCGACUUUGUCACCAACUUUGCUUUUACGCUUGGCAAUUUUUAUAACAAACCUCAUACUGAUAAUGAGAAAGGCAAGGUCUACUGUCUAUGGUAUCCAAUUGAUAGUCUUAGUGGUCAGAUUGUAACCCAAUCUGAAGGAUUUGAGCUUGAGGGCGGGUGGUUUAUUUUCCCCGAGUUCCGAGUGGCUAUCAACUUUGGUGGUAAGGGUGCAGUUCAGAUUGCAUGGAAUCGUGAGAAAGUCCAUUACACCCGGCUUGGGUGUUCGUCACAAAUCACUUACAAGAUAGCUCAAGCGCCCACUCCUCAAUCAGCUACGGAUUGGGGUUUAUUUUAUAUAAACUCUGAGUGGUGGUCUCUGCACCUCUCAGUCAUAGAAGAUCAAGGACCUCUUGGUCCAUUACCCUUUGGAGCAGCCCCCCAUUGGCCCUUCUUGCUACGAGAGACAGAAGGGCCGGGUUUGGGCAAGUGGCGAAGCCAUGCCUCAAGUUGGUUCUCUUGA